AUCAGCGCAGGUGUUCAAGUUCAGAAAUAACAGAAGAUCAGGUUGACAGCGGCCAUCCGCUGCUGGGACGAGCAGCUUGAAUCCGAUGUCGAACUCGGCCAUGAAGACUACACCGUAAAGCAAGGCGACGGGGUAGACGGAACGGUCGCUAGAAAGAUCAUGGAACGAAUAGGAUCCAGUGACAUAACAGACAGCAUACGAAACCAACAUGCGAUUAGACCAGCUCAACGCGUCUAUAACCCAGUUGGUUCAUGUUAUGAUGCAAUUCGUGAGUAUUUGUCUCCUGGAGGUCGGAGAGGUCGAGAAGCCGGUUUAGCUUUGGUGUGAAAGUGGCCGUUGAGAUGAUAGCUCAUCAGCUAACCAUAGGAAAGAGAAUUGCGCCUAUUCUUAACAAACCAGAUCUAGAGAGGGACUGGCCAAGCAUCCUAGACUCUGUGUAUAGGAUUCUUGAAUCAUUUAACCAGAUGAGAUCGCGUAUAACGUCCAUUUCCCUCUUCUGUCUCGGUUUUAGCUUAGUACUUGAGGAGAACCCUAUUACAGUCUACGUAUCUGUCGACUACGACUGUCCGGAAAGUACCUGGCCUCCUGUGAUCCGAGCGAUCGAAAGCUACAUCGAGGGCACUACAUACGACCGCGUGAAGGCCGCAAUCACAGCCGAUCCUACGUCCGCCGCCGCCGCGAACCUCGAGCAGAAGCUGGGCCCGCGCCAGCGGAGCUUUACCCGCCGCCUCGAAUCCCAUAUCAGACAGGCGCGCCUCCGAGUCCGCGGCCAGGCGACGGUACCACGCACUACCGCAGACGUGCUGCUGGUCGCAGUGGAUGUGUUGCUGGGAAUCCAUCGUUCAAUCGAUAUGAUCGUCGAUACGCGAGGAGUUUUCCAGGCAGGGACGAACAAGCUAGUAAUACGGCCUUUCACGCAAUUGUUCGCGCGCUGCUUUCUGGCAAAGACCGCUUUGAGAAUCGAAUGGAUGCCCUGCUCAGUCUGGGUUAUGUUUUGAAUUAUAGGCUCGAAGCUAUGGAUAUGGCAACCAAGUGCAACACAAUUCAAGAUUUCUCCGACUAGCGGACCGAGCUGCCUAUGCAUGGCUCUAAGAUGAGCGAAAUCGGUAAUUCGAGAUGUUAUCGACAGCAGUUACAAAGGAUCCCGCCCCGUGGUUAAACAUUGAGACUACAUUAGAAAAAAUGAU